AGAACUCUCCACACUACUGAGAAAACUCUCGUGUAAUCACAUUUACUCACAUCAAUCCAAACUCCCUCUGCUCAUCCCAACCCAACCACUUUACCUUUAUACCAUUUCCCCCAAAAAUCAAUCUCGCUAGAGAGAAACACGAAUCCCUACCUGCAUUUCUUCCUCCAUGGAAAAAACCAGCUUUUUCGGUGCAAUUUUGGUGAUGCUUUUCGCCGUCGACGCCUACGCUGCUGCGGCGGCGCACGUCUACUCCUCGCGGCUGAUUCACCGGUUCUCCGAGGAGGUGCGGAGGGGCGGAGGUGGAGAGGGCGAGGCGGCGGCGUGGCCGGAGGGGAAGAGGGUGGAGCACAUGAGGGUGCUGCUGGAGAGUGAUUUGAAGCGGCAAAGAUUGAAACUUGGGACUCAAAAUCAGGUCUUUGUUGGCUCACAAGGCGGGGAGACCUUUAAUUAUGGCAAUGACAUGGGUUGGCUGCACUAUACGUGGAUUGAUAUCGGGACGCCAAAUAACUCUUUCCUCAUUGCUUUGGACACCGGAAGUGAUAUGCUUUGGGUUCCUUGCGAUUGUGUCGAGUGUGCUCCGCUGUCAUUAAGUUACUACAACAUGCUGGAUAAGGAGCUAGGCGAGUACAGCCCGUCGCGUUCGAACACCAGCAAGCACGUACCUUGCAGCCAUGCACUCUGUGAAAUGGGGCCUAACUGUGAUUCCCCAAACGGCCGUUGCCCAUAUACAGUCCGGUACUUGUCCGACGACACAUCAAGCUCUGGAUACCUUUUCGAGGAUCAGUUGCAUCUUGCCUCGGUUGGAGGGAGUAAACAGCAAAGCUCUGUCCAUGCUCCCGUAGUUGUAGGAUGUGGCAGCAAACAAACUGGUGCAUAUUUGAAUGGAAUUGCUCCCGACGGUCUAAUGGGAUUAGGACCAGGAGAUCUUUCAGUUCCAAGUUUGCUUGCAAAGUCGGGCCUCAUUCCUCAUUCGUUCUCGUUUUGCUACGAUAAGAGCUACUCUGGUAGACUCUACCUAGGUGACCAAGGGCCAGCAUCUCAAAGAUCGACUUCUUUUGUUCAUCUAAAAGGAUUUAGCUCGGCUUACCUUGUUGAUGUUGAAAAUUAUUGUAUCGGGAGUUCCUGUCUAAUGCAAACGGGCUACCAAGCGCAAGUUGAUACGGGCUCAUCAUUCACAUAUCUUCCCAGCAAAAUCUAUGAACAAAUCGUUUCUGAGUUUCAUCGACAAGUUAAUGCAACGAGGAUCACUGUACAAAUUUUUGAUAGCUGUUAUAAGGCUAGUUCGCUCGACAUGUCAAAUAUUCCCCGCACGAAACUUGUUUUCGCCACUAACCAGAGCUUUGAAGUCGACAAUCCCCUGUUCCACAUUGUGGAUGAUCAGGGAGAAUUCUAUUGUUUAGGCAUACAACGGAUUGAUGAAGAUUUCGGUAUCAUUGGACAAAAUUUUCUGAUGGGCUACCGCCUCGUUUUUGAUUGGGAGAAGACGAAGUUGGGCUGGUCCGUCUCCGAUUGUCGCGAUGUCGGAGAAAGUGGUGACGGACUUCAUCUACCACCUUCUUCAAGCGACGAGUCGCCAAAUCCCCUACCAACGAACGAGCAGCAGCAGAGCCCGCGUGGACGUGCUGUCCCACCUGCUCUUGCCGGUAGGGCUCCUGCGAAACCCUCCUCGGCUUCUCCCCUGCCUGCUGCCUACCGGUACGAGUUCUGUUCGACGACGAGUUUGUUGCUGUUUCUGUGGAUUGCAUAUGCGACUUAUAUAAUUUAAAAUAUUUGCAGCUGGUUUAUCUAUAUGUAUAUCUGGCCUUUUAUCUAUGCAAUCUUAGUCACAAAUUUUGAAAAA